AUGCCCACCUUUGCAUCUAGGGUUUUGAAGCACUCCUAAGCCGACCACCGCCACUGCAAGUAGCGGCGAACGCCACCACAUCUCCGCCACCAUGGGUCGUAUGCACAGUUCAGGAAAGGGUAUUUCCGCAUCAGCUAAGCCAUACAAGAGGAGUCCACCAAGCUGGUUGAAGAUCUCCUCUCAGGAUGUUCAGGACAAUAUCUGUAAGUUUGCCAAGAAAGGGCUUACACCCUCACAAAUUGGUGUCAUCCUUCGUGAUUCUCAUGGUAUUGCUCAGGUGAACAGCGUAACCGGGAGCAAGAUUCUCAGAAUUCUUAAGGCAAAUGGCCUUGCUCCAGAUAUUCCAGAGGAUUUGUACCAGCUCAUCAAGAAGGCAGUUGCUAUCCGAAAGCAUUUGGAGAGGAACAGGAAGGACAAAGAUUCGAAAUUCAGGUUGAUUCUUGUCGAGAGUAGGAUUCAUCGACUUGCCCGCUACUACAAGAAAACGAAGAAGCUUGCACCAGUCUGGAAAUACGAGUCGACCACGGCUAGCACCAUGGUGGCGUAGAGAAGUGCUGCUGUCUUGUGAAAGGUGGAAGCGAAUUUUGAGUUUGAUGAGUAUGGUUUUAGUUGUAAUGUUGGUGACUGGUUUAUGAUAUGAGUAGAUGAAAAGAUUUUGUUGUUUGAAGAUGAAAUUGAUGAUUGUUUUUCAGACAUGUUUACUGCUGUGUUUUGUUUAGAAAUGGAUCUAUCCGUGCUCGACUUUCUGAAUUUC